AUCAUGGCGGACAGAGACAGCGGCAGUGACCACGGAGGGCCUACCGCAGGCCCUGGCUCGCUGCCGCCCGGUGCGAUGGGAGCCAUGUCCCGGCUGCAGCACGACACCGAGGAGCUCGCCUCCAAGCGGGUCGACAUCCAGAACAAGCGAUUCUACCUUGACGUCAAGCAGAAUGUUAAAGGACGCUUCCUAAAGAUAGCCGAGGUCGGCGCGGGGGGGAACAAGAGCCGCCUGACGCUCUCCAUGUCCGUGGCCGUGGAAUUCCGCGAUUAUCUCGGCGACUUUAUCGAACAUUACGCCCAGCUGGGCCCGAGCAACCCCGACUUGGUGCAGGAUGAGCCGCGGCGGGCGCUCAAGAGCGAGUUCUUGGUGCGAGAGAAUCGGAAAUAUUACAUGGAUCUGAAGGAGAACCAGAGGGGGCGGUUCCUGAGGAUCCGGCAGACCGUUAAUCGGGGGCCCGGACUUGGAAGCUCGCAAGGCCAGACUAUCGCUCUGCCGGCGCAGGGUCUCAUCGAGUUCCGCGACGCUUUGGCCAAACUCAUCGACGACUACGGCGUGGACGAGGAGCCGGCCGAGCUCCCGGAAGGCACCUCGCUCACGGUGGACAACAAGCGCUUCUUCUUCGACGUGGGCUCCAACAAGUACGGCGUGUUUAUGCGGGUGAGCGAGGUCAAGCCCACGUACCGGAACUCCAUCACGGUUCCGUGCAAAGUGUGGGCCAAAUUCGGCAACACCUUCUGUAAAUACGCGGACGACAUGAGGAAGAUCCAGGAGAGGAGUCGAGAGAAACGGGCUUCGGAACUGCUACCUGAGGGCCCGCACGGCGCAGAUGACGGCGACGACGACUGA